AUGCUUAAACUCUCGGAAAAACCUAGCGGACAAACGGGAGAAAAGGUCCUCCUCGAAGCCAUGUCAAAGGAUAAGGUCCACCUGGCUCGUUUCAUCCUCGACGCACUGGACGGUAAGAUCAUCAACUCCACGCACGAGGGAGCCGUCACUCCGCUCAUCACAGCCGCGCGGCUGCCGGAGCCCCAGGCCAGAUCCAAGUUCAUGACCCUGCUGCUGCAGCGCGGCGCCAGCGUCAACCAUCAGGACGAGCGAGGGCGCACUGCACUGAGCCACGCCUGUGAGCACGGCUACCUGGACGCGGUGAAGGUGCUGGUGCAGAACAACGCUGACCCGGAGUUAGUGGACAGCUGGGGGAACACGGCCUUGAUGUACGCGUCUGUGGGGGGGCACUCGCCCGUGGUGGAUUUUUUGGUGAGGGCGUUCAAGAGACUGGGCCUGGAAAUCGACCGACAAAACAAAGUUGGCAACUCGGCCGUGGAGGUGGCGAAGUAUCUGGGACACCAGGAGUGUUUCUCCGCUCUCACCAGCAAAGCGAAGAAAGGCCACGAUAACGGAAGGAGGUUUUCAGACAGUAAUGAAGGCGAAGACAGCCUCGGGAGAAAGUCAUCGGACGCUUCUGAGGGUGGGAAACAACAGAUAGAAAGUGGAAAGAAGAUGAACUUCGGUAUCCGUCGAUUCGACGACAGUUACUAUCAGAAACGGAGCAGUUUGCCUACCAGUGUCCUGGCUCCCACACCACCUGAGCGUGCGUUGAUACCCCAGCGCAAAUCAAAAGCCCUUCUGAGGAACCCGGCGCCGGGCAGCGCGGAGACGCCUGCUAUCUCUGCGCCAGGGGCCAGCUUCACUAUCCUCGGGAACAGACUGUUGCGGCGGUUCACUUUUCCAGAGUUAAGGAAGUCCGGGAAAGACCCGGGCGCGGAUGGGUCCACGCUCUCCGUUGGUCCCGAGCUGACGGGGCCAGGGAUGCCCAAGUCCGAGACUUUCCCCCCGGUCAAGAGGCACCCUCAGGUGGGGAGCAAACCCAGCGUCGACAGUAUCAGCGCUGUGAAAUGCGAAUUCGACUUUCACUUUAAAAUGAGCCCAAACAACUCUGUCCACAGCCCGCCCAAAUAA